AUGGUUUCUACAAGACGGAGUGGAUCUCUACCGGGAGAAAGUAACAAUGCAAAGCCAUGUGAGAAACCUGCUGCGGAGAAUUCUAAGGAAUUGUGCUCUACUGAUCCACCUGAGUCGGCUGGCGGUGGCAUUCCGCCCGCUGCAUGCCGUAGUGCGCCGCCUGCCAAUCGCCCCAACAAGACUAACCGCGCUUCCGGUGGCACUAUUGUAUCUCUUGUUACUCUCCCUACUCAAGGUGUAGCACCAAUUAUUCCAGAUAAGCCCAGAAGCUCAUUUACAUCUUCGAAGCUGCCCAAGGGGUCUGAAAGGACUUUGCCCUGGUGUAAAUUAUUGUCACAGCACCCACAGAAUUCAACUGUAGCUGUUUAUUCAAGGCAUUUUAUUGUUGGAACUAGCAGCAAGUGCCAUCUCAUAAUCAGGGGUCAGAGCUGUGCAGGGAUUCUGUGCUUUAUAAAGCUUGAAGAGCGUAAAGAUGGUCCUGUAGCAGUGCUUGAGAGCAAGGCAAUUAAAGGAUCUGUGCAUGUUAAUGGGAAGCCGUUAAAGAAGAAUGAUAGUCAUGUUCUUUGUUCAGGGGAUGAGGUGGUCUUUGGCUUGAUGGGUGACUUUGCCUAUAUUUUUCAGCAACUUGCACAUGAUCUUAAGACACCUUCAUCAGAUCGUCAAACUACUCUUGGAAAACCACCUCAUGGAGAGAGACGGGUUGGAGAUGCCUCAAUUGUCGAUGGUGCUUCUAUACUGGCUUCACUUUCAAGCCUCCAGCAAGAUUUAUUGAAGCCUACUUCUCAGGCUAGUGGAAAAACCUACCUUGGAAAUGAGCUAUCUUCUCCAAAUGCAAAUGAAGAUGAAUUCGAUGGUCCAGAAGUCAGUUCAGCUGCCAAUGCUGUAGGUGAUAGUACUCCUGAUGGUGUGUCCAGCAAAAUUAUCACUCUUGAUGCCAACCUGGAUGCAAGCAUAGAGGCCGGCAGUAUACCUGAUGAAGGAGAGUGGGCUAGAGAUUCAACGCCUGCAUCGACGUCAGGGAUGCCCAUGAAGUGUGCUAUGUUCAAGGAAGAUAUUCAUGCUAAUAUCAUUGAUGGCCGAGACAUUGAAGUUUCAUUUGAUGACUUCCCUUAUUAUCUUAGUGAGAGCACUAAGAAUGUGUUGAUUGCAUCCACCUACAUACAGCUAAAGCACAAAGAAAAGGUUAAAUACACUUCCGAGCUUCCAACUGUCAACCCGCGCAUUUUGCUUUCUGGUCCUGCAGGAUCUGAGAUAUAUCAAGAGAAGUUGGCGAAGGCACUUGCACGUUAUUUUGAAGCUAAAUUGCUGAUAUUUGAUAGCCACUCGUUUUUGGGUGGGCUUUCUUCUAAACGAGCUGAACUACUUAAAGAGAGUGGUUCCACUGCAGAGAAAAUCUGCAAUGACUUGAAACAACUUACCUCUGACUUGGCUAAGGGCGUGGCAGCUUUGUCGGGUGCUGCAGAGAAUCUUCUCUUCGAAUCCCGGCUGAAAUCUGAUACUGGCACUUCACUGUUGUUAGCUGGGACAUCUAAGAACCCUUCAUUUAGACUUGGUGAUAGAGUGAGAUUUGUUGGCCCUCCUCCGAGCAGUCUGUAUUCGCCUAAUGCAAGGGGACCAAGUUUUGGUAGCCGUGGGAAGGUCAUUUUACCUUUUGAAAAUAACCCCUCGUCCAAGAUUGGUGUAAGAUUUGAUAAAACUGUUGCAGACGGCAUUGACUUUGAUGGACUUUGUGAAAUGGGGCAUGGAUUCUUUUGCAAUGCCCAAGAACUCCGCUUGGAAGCCCCUGGUGUGGAUGAUCUGGACAACCAACUUAUUACAACGUUGUUUGAGGCUAUUUCUGAGGAGAGCAAAAGUUCCCCUUUCAUUUUAUUUAUUAAAGAUGCUGAGAAGUCUAUUGUGGCCAACCCAGAGUCAUCUUCAGCUUUCAAAAUGAGGCUUGAGAAGCUUCCGAAUAAUGUUGUUGUUAUUGGUUCACAUACCCAUGUUGACAGUCGCAAGGAAAAGUCGCAUGCUGGAGGGUUUCUUUUUACCAAAUUUGGAGGCACCCAAACUGCUUUCUUCGACUUGGCUUUACAAGACAGUAUUGGAAGGCUACAUGACAGAGGUAAAGAUAUUCCCAAGGCAACCAAGCUUCUUACGAAACUUUUCCCAAACAAAGUGAUCAUUCAUGUUCCUCAGGAUGAAGUUCUCCAAGCUAGUUGGAAGAAUCAAUUGGAGCGAGAUGCGGAAACCCUGAGAAUGAAAGCAAACUUGAACAAUUUACGCAAUGUCCUGAACAGAACUGGAUUGGAUUGCGAUGGAUUUGAGGGAUUAUGUACCAAAGAUCAGACACUUACAAUAGAGAGUGCGGAGAAGGUUGUAGGGUGGUCUCUGAGCCAUCAUCUAAUGCAAAAUGCCGAAGUUAGUGCAGAUACCAAGCUCGUUUUAUCCAGGGAAAGCAUUGAGUAUGGGAUUCACAUUUUGCAAGCCGUCCAGAAUGAGUCAAAAAGCUCAAAAAAGUCUCUCAAGGAUGUUGUAACAGAAAAUGAAUUUGAGAAAAGGCUUCUAGCAGAUGUUAUACCUCCCAGUGAUAUUGGGGUGACAUUUGAUGAUAUUGGAGCACUAGAAAAUGUGAAAGACACUUUGAAGGAGCUGGUGAUGCUUCCCCUACAGAGGCCUGAGCUCUUUGGCAAGGGCCAAUUAACUAAGCCCUGCAAGGGUAUACUUCUAUUUGGGCCACCUGGUACAGGGAAAACUAUGCUUGCAAAGGCUGUUGCCACUGAAGCCGGAGCAAAUUUCAUUAAUAUUUCUAUGUCAAGCAUUACAUCAAAGUGGUUUGGCGAGGGAGAGAAAUACGUCAAGGCUGUCUUCUCAUUGGCUAGUAAAAUUGCACCAAGUGUUGUUUUUGUUGAUGAAGUUGAUAGCAUGCUGGGACGGAGGGAAAACCCCGGAGAGCAUGAAGCUAUGCGUAAAAUGAAAAAUGAGUUUAUGGUAAACUGGGAUGGCCUGCGAACAAAAGAUACUGAACGAGUUCUUGUACUUGCUGCUACCAACAGGCCUUAUGACCUAGAUGAGGCUGUUGUAAGACGUCUGCCUCGUAGGUUGAUGGUUAAUUUGCCUGAUGCUCCUAAUAGAGCAAAGAUUAUUAAGGUUAUAUUAGCAAAGGAGGAUUUGUCUCCUGAUGUCGAUCUGGAUGCAGUUGCAAGUAUGACAGAAGGGUACUCUGGAAGUGACCUUAAGAAUUUAUGUGUGACAGCAGCCCAUAGACCAAUCAGAGAGAUUUUGGAAAAAGAGAAAAAGGAUCACGCUUCUGCGCGAGCACAAGGUAAACCUUUACCAGCUUUGAGCAGCAGUAGUGACAUCCGGCCAUUGAACAUGGAUGACUUCAAAGUUGCUCAUGAACAGGUUUGUGCGAGCGUUUCGUCAGAAUCUAUAAACAUGACCGAACUCCAACAAUGGAAUGAACUUUAUGGCGAAGGGGGUUCUAGAAGGAAGAAGUCCCUCAGCUAUUUCAUGUGA